AUGGAUUUUAGUUGAUGGAUGACUCACUAACUACAUUGAACUGAACUGAAUCUGCUCUAUACCUGCAAAGGGACACAUUCAGAAAAUAAAUUGAAGAUGGCCAUGCUAAAUAUGGUUUGCUUCUCAGAUUUACCUAAACUAAGAAAGGUUUGCUUUAAGAAAUAGUGCUGCUCCCUUCAGAAUGGAAGAAUUUAUCUGCUUCUUAUUUGAUGGGGAUCAGAGCUAAGACGGCUGACUAAAUAAACAUGGGGGACUGGAAUCUCCUUGGAGAUACUCUGGAGGAAGUUCACAUCCACUCCACCAUGAUUGGAAAGAUCUGGCUCACCAUCCUAUUCAUAUUUCGAAUGCUUGUUCUGGGUGUAGCAGCUGAAGACGUCUGGAAUGAUGAGCAGUCCGGCUUCGUCUGCAAUACAGAACAACCAGGCUGCAGAAAUGUAUGCUACGACCAGGCCUUUCCUAUCUCCCUCAUUAGAUAUUGGGUUCUGCAGGUGAUAUUUGUGUCUUCACCAUCCCUGGUCUACAUGGGCCAUGCAUUGUACCGACUGAGAGUUCUAGAGGAAGAGAGGCAAAGGAUGAAAGCUCAGUUAAGAGUAGAACUGGAGCGGGUAGAGUUUGAAAUGCCUAGGGAUCGGAGGAGAUUGGAGCAAGAGCUUUGUCAGCUGGAGAAAAGGAAACUAAAUAAAGCUCCACUCAGAGGAACCUUGCUUUGCACUUAUGUGAUACACAUUUUCACUCGCUCUGUGGUUGAAGUUGGAUUCAUGAUUGGACAGUACCUUUUAUAUGGAUUUCACUUAGAGCCUCUAUUUAAGUGCCAUGGCCACCCGUGUCCAAAUAUAAUCGACUGUUUUGUCUCAAGACCAACAGAAAAGACAAUAUUCCUAUUAUUUAUGCAAUCUAUAGCCACUAUUUCACUUUUCUUAAACAUUCUAGAAAUUUUCCACCUAGGUUUUAAAAAGAUUAAAAGAGGGAUAUGGGGAAAAUACAAGUUGAAGAAGGAACAUAAUGAAUUCCAUGCAAACAAGGCAAAACAAAACGUAGCCAAAUAUCAGAGCACAUCUGCAAAUUCACUGAAGCGACUCCCUUCUGCCCCUGAUUAUAAUCUGUUAGUGGAAAAGCAAACACACACUGCAGUGUACCCUAGUUUAAAUUCAUCUUCUGUAUUCCAGCCAAAUCCUGACAAUCACAGUGUAAAUGAUGAGAAAUGCAUUUUGAAUGAACAGGAAACUGUACUUUCUAAUGAGAUUUCCACACUUAGUACUAGCUGUACUCAUUUUCAACACAUCAGUUCAAAUAAUAAGGACACUCAUAAAAUAUUUGGAAAAGAAGUUAAUGGUAACCAGUUAAGGGAAAAAAGAGAAACUGAAGGCAAAGACAGCAAAAGGAACUACUACUCUAGGGGUCACCGUUCUAUUCCAGGUGUUGCUGUAGAUGGAGAGAACAACAGGAGGCAGUCACCCCAAACAGCUCUCUCCUUGCCAGCUAACUGCGAUUGGAAACCGCGGUGGCUUACAGCUACAUGGGGUUCCUCUACAAAACAUGGAAACCGGGGGUCACCUCCUAAAGGUAACCUCAAGGGCCAGUUCAGAAAGGGCAUAGUCAGAACCCUUCCUCCUUCACAAGGAGAGUCUCAAUCACUUGACAUUCCAAACACAGCUGAUUCUUUGGGAGGGCUGUCCUUUGACCUAGGGUUGGUCAGAACCUGUAAUAAUCCUGUUUGUCCUCCAAAUCACGUAGUGUCCCUAACGAACAAUCUCAUUGGUAGGCGGGUUCCCACAGAUCUUCAGAUCUAAACAGCGGUUGGCUUUUAGACAUUAUAUAUAUUAUCAGAGAAGUAGCCUAGUGAUGGUGGGGCGCGGACAAAACAGAUAUGGGCAGCUCUAAAGACCAGCUGUUAAGACAGACAACUGCAAACUCAUUUCAGCAAGGGAAAAACAGCUCUAAUUCUAGAUUGUGAAAGAAUACUUCUAAAUCCAAAGACAUAAGGUUGUCAAAUCAGGAUUUUUUUUUUUUUUUAAAUGAUAUUCUUUCGAAUGUGUGUAACUGAUUUUGGGAAAAUCACAUGUUCAGAACUGGGGCUAAAUGGUUUGAUCAGGUUUUCUCUUUGAAGAGACCACAGCCUUAGGACACGGUUCUUCAUCUAUAUAAUUCCACCUUGGACACUGGGUUAAUUUUGUUUGCCCCUGGAACACAAUCACGUGGUUUCCUUCUAGACUGCAUCCUGAUGUGUCUUGAGUAUAAUCACAUGUUGCUACCUAGUAAGUAAAAUCUUAAAAAGAUCCGUGGCUUUCCUUCACCAGUUCGUAGCAUCGUGAUUCACUGCCCGGAUUGGACUCGGCUCUACUCACUGGACGUCUAACCUCUCCACUUAAUUAACAGUACGCACCCUACAGGGGUGUUGUGAGGAUUAAAAUUUAAAAUACCCGUGUUUUCUACAUUGCCUGGCGCACAGCGCUCAAUAGCUAUUGCAAGCUCGUUACUGCUCAUCCUCCAGAAGCCCACAUCAAGUCAGCCACGACUCAAGGAGACUCCAAAGAUAAAAGCUGGAACCAAAAUACAUGAUUCUAAACACCCUCCUCAGCUACUGCAAAGUCGUGAGCACUUUCUCAGGACGAGAGCCAAUA